CAAAGUGGUUAUGAAGAGUGCCUAAAUUCUGAUGUAAUACAAAUCAUGGUCGAUCAAAUUGUAGAGGAUAAGAAUUCUUUCAUUAAUCAAGUUUACAGGACCAAUCCAUUUCUUCAAGAGCAAAUCAAAGUAUUUGAAGCCAAUAAAGUAUUUUAUUCAUUGAUAUAUGAUAGAACAAAAAUAAUUUCUGCUGCAUGCUUUGUACAAUUCCUUAAUCUAAAAUCAAAAGAAUAUUUUGGAUUCUGCACGGAAUCGUUGAAGCUGAGUCUCGUGUGUCCGACAACGAAACCGAACAUCGUCUUGUUCAGCGAUCGAAUAGAUUUUGGCGAACGGUCCAUAGACGUCCGUCACAACGAAUGGCUGUUCGUACGGAACGUGACAACGCGCCCUGUGCCGUUGAAGGUUUCGCCGCCGAGCCCGGUCGGACCUUUUUUCUGCGCAUUCGCUCUGAACGGCGAACAGCUAUUAUAUCCCGACCGCACGUUGCCGAUCAACAUUUCAUUCGUGCCCGAACACGAGGCGGCGGUUAACGAAAUGUUGGAGUUGAGUUCCGAAACGAUGCGGUUACAGGUCAUGGUGUCCGGUAGCGGUCGCGGGCCAUCGUGCACAAUUACACCCGACGACAUGUUCAACGUAAUACAAACUAUGCGAAAAAACGCGACCAAAGCGUUUAUUUUUCGGGUGACAAACACCAGUGGAACGAACGUGCGGUUCAACGUGCAAAUGGAAUGGACGAGGGAGCUAUCGGAGCCAAUGGUCGACGACGAAGUGUUCGAGUUCAUAGAAACGCUCCGAAUGUUGGAGGGGUCAGACCCGGAGCAGCGUGCGGCAAUGGCGUCGUUGUUUGAUGGAGCGGAAUGGGCCGAGGAAUCCGCCGUCGCUGGUGAAGGUGCGUUUGACCUGGGAAACGGUGGCCGGCCACUGUGGUUUCGUUUGGACCCGACAGAGUCGCGGUACGUUCAGGUGACUUUAACGCUUCCUCGGUACAACCGACAACUAGACAAAGAUAAAGACGGCGACAGCGACGACGAGUCGUUAGAGUCACCGGACGGAAGCGAAGAGGAGGUGAUAAAAUCACCUGACGACGGUUUUGGGACGGAGUCAGCCGAACCGGGCCGAGAGUUUAAUCGUAACGAUGACGGUCGAACAGCCACUGACAAGCGUCGCGUCUACGCAGCAAAGUUCAACGUGCAUGUAGGCCAUUUGGUGCUCAGACAGUUCUACGUGUUUGGUUUCGUAGACGUGGAUACAACCGUGGACUCCUAG